AUGAGUUUCUAUGAUGUUACUCAAAAUGAAACACCAGAUCCAAAUGUACUAUAUUGUUUCAUUCUUGGUCUUCCACUACCAUUUUCUACACGCUUACCAUCACUACAGCAACCUGUAUCUAACAGUCAAAUAACACAAGAUAAAGCCUAUCUGUGGCUGAAUUAUUGUUUGCUGUUAGAAUUACAGGGUGACAUUCAUGAAUGUAAUGAAAUGUAUGAAACAGCACUAUCAUCCACGUGUAAAGCUUCAGAACUGUGUAAAUUAUGGGUAGGGUAUGCAGAAUUUAUUUGUCGACAAAUAGAACAGAAUACAGACAAUACUGGUCCAUCAAACCAGUUACUCCACAUCAUAACCAGAAGUAUCACCAGUAUGCCCACAAAAUUUCAUCCUGCUUGGUGUGAAGACAGGUUGCAGGUCAACUAUAAUCAUGUUAAUGGAUUGAUUGAUUAUUAUCUGUGUCGUCUGCCUAGUAAUGAUCACAUGACCAUGUUAGAGAAAUACCAUCAUAUGAUGCCAGAUAAUGUGGAUUUAUUGAUAAGAACCUGUGAGGAAGGAUUGAGACGUGGUGAAUAUUACAGAGUAUCCAGUUUAACUAAUACUGCUGUAUAUGAUCAAGUGGCCAAUAUUGAUUUCUGGAAAAUGGUAGUGUCACUUAAACUGAGAGAAGGAAGAUAUAAGGAGUUUCUGCUGUUUGAAGUAACCCAAAAAGAUGAAGAAGGUGUUCAGAAGAUAUUGAGUGAAUCUGAAGAGUAUGGUCUUAAUAUUAAAGGAUUUGUGGCCACCAUAUCAUCCUAA